AUGGCAAAAAUAGAGAAGAAAGUACAGAUAGGACUCGAAAAUUCACUAGCUGCCAAUGAGGAGAAGCUUAAGUCAAAAAAAGACAAUUACGAGUUAAAAUUCACUCUAGAUGGACACACAAAAGCAAUAUCUGCAGUCAAAUUUAAUCCCAAGGGAGAAUGGUUAGCAAGUUCUUCUGAUGACAAACAAAUAAAAAUCUGGGAAGUUUAUAAUGGAAAAUAUGUGAAAACACUAACUGAUCACCACCUGGGAAUAUCGGAUAUUGCUUGGUCAUCAGAUUCUGAACUUCUUGUGUCUGCCUCCGAUGAUAAAACUCUAAAAGUAUGGAACUUUUCUACAGGGAAAUGCACUACCACACUGACGGGACACACUGAUUUUGUCUUUUGCUGUAACUUCAGUCCCCAGUCUGAUAUCAUCUACUCAGGCUCUUUUGAUGAGAACGUAAGGAUAUGGAAUGUUAAAACAGGUGGGUGCCUCAGGUGUCUGUCUACUCAUUCAGCCCCAGUUACAGCUGUUCAUACUAAUCAGAAUGGAUCCCUCUUGGUGUCAGGCAGUUAUGAUGGUCUUUGCCGAAUCUGGGAUACAGUGUCAUGUCAAUAUAUUAAAACAUUUAUGUCUGAAAACUGCCCUCCAGUUUCUUUUGUGAAAUUUUCUCCAAAUGGAGAACACAUUCUUAUUGCCACAAUGGACAACACACUUAAAUUAUGGGACUUGAAAAAACAAAGGUGUCUGAAGAAAUAUACUGGCCAUAAAAAUGAAAAAUACUGUAUUUUUGCUGAUUUUUCAGAGACUGAACCAAAAUUAAUUAUGUCAGCGUCAGAAGACAAACUGGUUUACAUUUGGAAUCUUGAGACAGAAGAGAUUGUGCAGAAGUUGCAGGGUCACACAGAUAUAGUGAUCUCAGUAGCUUGUAACCCUAAACUAAAAUUCAUUGCAUCAGCUGCCUUAGAAAAAGACAAAACAAUAAAACUUUGGAAUAGCGAGUAA